AGAGCAUUUUGAUUCCUUAAUAGUAGAAGUCAUGAAGCAGAAGUUUAGUGGAGGUAGCUUUAUCCCUAGGAAAGGAAGAUACUUAAACCUUACCCAACAAUUAAAGCCAAGUACCUCAAAACAAGAACCUAGCUACCACCUCCUCCUCAUACCUUCUAAAAAACCUCCUCCAUCUGGAAAAAAACAAAAACCCCUUUGAACUCCUCCGGAUGUUGUCACUCUCUGGCUACCUAUCACCUCUAUCAAUCAGCGCCCUACUUGUCGAGCAGGAACCGGCCUUAGUGAUUUGACGGUGCUAAGUGAAAGGACUGUCGUUCAACUAAUAAAAGUUACCAUUUCCAAUGCCAAAGCCAGUUCUAGGACCAGAACGACGCACCAAUCCGUUAAUUUGGUGUGCAGCCAUAAUCUGCACCAUCUUAACCGUAGCCGUUAUCAUCACUGGCAUGGUCGUCUUCAUUGGCUACAUGGUCAUUCGACCAAAAGUCCCUCAAAUGAGCGUAGCAAGUGCCAAUUUAGAUAGAUUUUCCUAUGACAUGGCCAGUGUUCUCACUCUCAGAGUCUCAAUUAUUAUCAAAGCUGAGAAUGACAAUUCAAGAGCCCAUGCAAGUUUCUAUGAGACGAGUUACACACUUAGCUUCCAUGGUGUUAAAGUGGCUUAUUUAAAUGCUGACCCUUUUGAUGUCCCUGCAAACAGCUCCAAGUAUAUGUAUUAUCCUGUUGAAUCAUCGUCGAUUCCAUUGACGCCGGAAGAAGGAGAGGUUGCUGAGCUUUUCUUAAGGCGGAAUCAAGUGGUUUUUGAUAUAAGAGGGAAUACAAGAACAAGGUGGAGAGUAGGGUUGCUUGGUUCUGUUAAGUUCUGGUUGCAUCUUAAUUGUCAGCUCAAGUUUCCGUUAAAUGGAACUACAAUAUACCCGAGAUGCAGCACGAAAUCCAAAUGAUUCACUGGAAUUCAACUAGGUAUUUUGUCUAAUUAUUCACUUAGAUUCAAUUUUAUGGAAAAAUAAGCUAAGGCUUGUCCUUCUCCUCGAUCUUGAUUUGCUUACCUUUUUUUGUACUCACAAGAUAUCCUUUUUUCUGGAUACAAUUAGAUUCUUGGAAGAAGUAAUCAUCAA